UUCAGGUGCACAUCGGAAACACAGAUUAUGUCGGAAAUAUAACUUUUAUCCAGGGAAGUUCGGUUAUUUUGCAUUACAGGUGGUGAUUUGGAGAUGUUUUGAUUAAGCAUUUAACUGUCACAGCGGAAUACUGACCUAAAGUCCUGAUUUUGUGUGGCCCCCUGCUCCCCUCAGGUCAAAGCUGAGGGUUGGGGUGAGGUCUUGGGCUAAUGUCAGACAGUCCUGGUGCAGAGGGGGGUCUAUCUCAGGCUGCCCCAAACAUCAACACCCAGGAUCAGUCUCACUCCACUCAGACUGAGGUAACAGGGAACCCGCCUGCGGAUCAGGUGUCGCCUACAGUGGAUGAGGCCUCUCCUUCGUCCACAUCCUCCUUUGAGAUGCUUGACACGGAGUCGGUCCCAGCUCCUUAUCAGGAGGUGCAGCCUCACUGGUUCUUCUGUCGACGGGCUGAUGACAACACCUCUUGGCUUCCUUUCAGCAGAGAAGACUCUGACAAAUUAGAGAGUGCUUGCAACACUGUAGGAGACGGGGAGGUUGAGGUGGUUGUAGCUGUUGAUGGAGAGCGGUAUGACGUGCAUGUCAAGGAGAGGAAGCGUUAUGCUGUGUACUGGGAGCAAGGUCCCACUGAAGUCCGCCGCUGUACCUGGUUCUAUAAAGGAGAUAAAGACACCAGGUUCAUGCCUUACCCUGAGGACUUCAGCAAGAGUCUGGAGGAGGCCUAUAUGAUAGCAGUGACCUUGGAUGAAUGGAAGAGGAAACUGGAAUUUCCCACUGGAGAGACUGUCAUCUUACACAAUCCCAAACUGAUAAUGCAGUAUCAGCCUAUAGGAUUACAGGAUGAGUGGGUGUCCUCCCCCUCGGAGCAGACACGUCCUCGAACAGUCAAGAGGGGAGUGGACAACAUCUCUGUAGAAAUACCUGAUGGUGAACCAGAAAAGGUGGACCACCUUGUCUUUAUGGUCCAUGGCAUUGGCCCUGCAUGCGACUUGCGCUUCAGAUCCAUCAUACAGUGUGUAAAUGACUUCAGGAGUGCUUCCCUGUCCCUCCUGGCUACUCAUUAUAAGCGUGCUCAGCAGGAUGGCCAGAUCGGAAGAGUCGAGUUCCUCCCAGUCAACUGGCACAGCGCUCUACACGGAGAUGCCACUGGUGUGGAUGAGGACAUCCAGAGGAUCACUUUACCCAGCAUCAGCAGGCUGAGACAUUUCACCAACGACACUCUGCUGGACUUGUUUUUCUAUAACAGCCCCACCUACUGCCAGACCAUAGUGGACACAGUGGCCUCAGAGAUCAACAAGCUCCACACCCUCUUUAAACAGAGACACUCUGAGUUCAAUGGGGCAGUUUCAGUGGUGGGACAUAGCCUGGGUUCCCUGAUCCUGUUUGACCUGCUAACUAAUCAGAAGACUGGAUCAGAAGCCAGAGAUAGGGUGUCAUCUGAUGAGCCCUUUCGUCUGAACAGUGACACACUUGAGCAGACACUCACCAAGCUGGGCCUACAGCAAUACCUGGAUACCCUGCAGGCAGAAAACCUAGACCUGGAAUCACUGGCUCUCUGCCAAGACAGUGAUCUCAAAGACUUAGGAAUUCCUCUUGGACCUCGGAAGAAGAUCUUGAACUACGUCAGGAGGAAAUGGUUUCCAGAGGAUUGUAGGACAGGGGUGGUACGUCUCCCACCAGGGCUGCAAGUUCCACCUCAGGUGACCAGAAAUCACGAUGGUAACGAGUCUUCAGAAUUGCCGGUGCAGCAGUCUCAGUUCCACAGGGCGCAGUCUGUCACCAGUGCUGUCGACUAUGAAUACUUUGACGUGGGCAUCGGACAGGUAUCCAUUGAUUACCCUCAGCUGGCUUUCCACCCUCAAACUUUUUUUGCAUUUGGCUCUCCUAUUGGAAUGUUCCUGACUGUUCGUGGGCUUAAACACAUUGAUCCCAACUACACCUUCCCAACCUGCAAAAGCUUUUACAACAUCUACCACCCAUAUGAUCCUGUGGCCUAUCGGAUAGAGCCUAUGAUUGUGACAGAGAUGGAUCUGGAGCCCAUGCUGAUCCCUCACCAUAAAGGCCGCAAGAGAAUGCACCUGGAACUAAAGGACAGCUUGACCCGUAUGAGCAUGGAUUUGAAGAACAAUGUUUUAGGAUCAUUACGGACAGCAUGGCAGUCCUUUUCAAGACUACCAGUUGCGGCACUGCCCCCAGUGGAUGAAGGAGAAACUACAAUAGAGAGAGAUCUUCAAGAGGCACAGGGAGUGUGUGAGGAGGCAGAGUCCUCAGUGUCAGCAGAGCAGGCGGAGCAGCCUGAGAUCAAAGUGGGCAUGUUAAACGGAGGACGAAGAAUCGACUAUGUACUUCAGGAAAAACCCAUCGAGAGCUUCAACGAGUAUCUUUUUGCCAUCCAGUCUCAUCUGUGCUACUGGGAAUCUGAGGAUACAGCCCUCCUGCUGCUGAAGGAGAUCUACGACAAACAAGGCGUGGCCUUUGAACAGCCACAACAGUAAUAAUGUUACUGAAAUGUAGACUUGCUUUUUUAACACGACAGUAACCUAAAAGUAAGAAAAUAAAGGACAGCUGUCGGAGCCAGAGGCCGCACAACCCUCUUCCAGAAUGCCUUACCGUCUGGGUGUUACCUGACUGCCCAACCCUCUCAGCCCUUGUCAAUGGUGACUGAGCUGUCAGGUGAUUUUGGUUCAGAUAUGUCAGUCAUUUGAGGUAGCAAUGGUUAUUGGUGCUGCCUAGACUCACACUGCAGGACUGGGUUUGGUCUCUGAUAGUUGUUGUCAUGCUCCUGUUUGCCCUUUUCUAUCUUCUUUUGAGUCAUUCUUUACUUUGCACUUUCACUUUCCAACAUUUGUUGACAUAUCAUGCAUAUAGCUGCAGCAGAAUAUUAUUGAGUGAAACAAUUAUCGCCAUAACCAAAAGAUACAGUACGUCUUCAAAUAAGGAAACGUAGUGUAACUAUAAUAUUUAUCAUGUUGGAUUAAAUCCAAAAUAACAUUUCUAUAAAUUUAAAAACUAAGAUACAUUAAAUAUCCAUGUAUAUAAUUAAAAAAAAGAUUAAAAUCUAUACUGUUUGAUAUAUAUUCCAGCCCUAUGUACGGCCUCCAAAAAAUCAGAAAUGUAGAACUAUAAUAAUUAUAAUUAAGUAUAAGUGUGUUAAACAGGGCAUCUCUGUCUGACCCUUAAAACUUAAAGCUUUCUUGAUCCAGAAGUCUUUCCCUUAGCCUUACAUCAGACCUUGCCUGUAAAAAUAAGCUGGUCCGGAGGUUUAAUUUGGUUUACUAUAGAAUGUGUAUCUUCUAAUUAGGAAAAUUAAGGUUAAUAUAUUGUCUUUUGGCAGCUAUAUUUCCUUUUUUUCAACAUUAAGGCCACUUGAAACCCAAAGCUGCUACUCCUACAUUUGUGCAAUGUAACAAUGAAGUUGAUGUCACUCUGUUUUCACAGAUGUAGUCCUGCACUGACACUAUUAUUGAAAGUGAAGUUCAUCUUGCCUUCUAAUCAUACUUUUUAUUUUACUUGUAUGUACUUCAGUUUGAUCAUAUCUACACAUGGAUCUAAAAGAAGCGACCGUGAUGAUUUGUGUCUGAAAUGAAGGAAAGAGAUGCAGGUGCUUGAAAGGAUAGGUUUUUUCCAUAGUAUAUUUGCAUGUGUGUACUGUAUGUGUGUGUGUGUGUGUGUGUGUGUGUUUGUUAUAAACUGUACAGAAAGGCCAGUUCCACUUUCUCUCCGUAAGGUCUGUGCCAUUCCUCUUUUACCACUUUUGACCCAAAAUGUAUCUUUGAAAAAUGAAUUCCAAAAACAGAGUGGCAUCUCACAACACAGUCCUAACGUUUGUAUAAUCAAAGGGCCAAAUGCUACAUGUUUUUCUCAUCUGUUCAUUUUCAUCAACAUAUUUCGAAAUUAUUUUCUGUAUUGCAUGCAAAUAUUUAUGUUAGAACAUUUUUUUCCUCAAUAUUUUCUUGUCCUGACCCAAUUCUUAGGCGUCAAAAUGUUUAUAAUUCUCAUGGAUCCAGCAAUAAGAGUUGUCACAUUCAGAUCAGUAACAUUUGAUUUGAAUAGCAUGAUACAUAGAUUAUAUUGAAAUUUGGUUUCAAAUUAAAUCAAUUUAUUUUAUAUAAAAUCAUAUACACAACAAAAAUCAAUAUAUCAGUAUUAUAAAUAUCACAACCUGCACCUUCACAUCAUGCAACAUGGGGUCCAGUCUACAAAGAAGAAAUCUUUUGUACUAGAUAGAUUUAUCUUUACAAAUAAUCUAAUAUGUACUGUCACUGGGCAUCACAGCCCCCACCACCAAAGCUCUACCCCGUAUGUCAGCCAUCUGGGUGUAACAUCUGCACAAUACAUGAAUUAACCUAGUAGGGUUAAUUGUUUUUCUUUCUUCAGAAAUGCACUGAAUACUAAAUGAUCAUGUUGCCGCAUUCCUGAACUUCAUUACCAUCUCUGUUUGUGUCAUUAUUAAUAUCUAAAAACACCAAAACAGGACUUCAAACACUUCACCUCCAAAUGAAAAUCUGUAUAUCAGUUACAACCCUGUGUAAUGUUGAAUUUUGUUCUGAUAUUUAAGGUCAGUUUUAUAUAUACUCAUGUUUUUAAAAAAAUGCAUGUGUUUUGGGGAGUCGUGUAAGGGUUUGUAAACUGAUGUUUUGAUGUACUUUUGCUGUUGUUAAUCGCAGACCCUAUGACUUCCAUUCAUUCAGCAUUUUUGGAUGCAGAGUUUCCUCCACAAAUUCAAUGUAACACCGGGUGAGUGAUUGAUAUAAAAAUACUCAUUGGAGGAGUGAUGCAUUCCUUUAUUGGUCCUUGGCUCCUCUUCCUCACCGUAAGUACUGUUUUGGUACUUGACACUAAAAGGAUAUUACAUACCAAAAAACUAAUGUUCUCUUUUCUGAAUACAUACCUUAUGACUAUGGUUCCAUUUUGUGUGUGCCAUAAUAAAACAUUACAAGUGU